AUGGCUAGGUGGACGUCGUGGCACGCUGACCGCGACCGGCGUCGUGGAGGUGUCGACCUCUUUGGUUUGGUGGGCGCGAUGGGCGAACUCGAGCUGGACUUCCGGGCAGGAAGGGGCAGGUGGGGGCAGGCUGGCGCCGCCGUGCGCAUCCGCCUUCCCGCUCCUCGCCCAUCCGCCUUGCCCCAUCCGCCGUAUCUCUGCCUUCCGCCGUUCCGCUACCUUCCGCCGUGCCGCUGCCUUCCGCCGUGCCGCUGCCUUCCGCCGUACCUUGUCCGCCGCCUCGCGCCAUCCGCCUUACCACCGACUCGUUCCGUCCCGUUUCCGAAACGUCCCGACCUCGUUUCGAGCCGCCCUGUUGAACUGCGUUCCAAACCAGAAAUCGGGUGCAUGGAAGCCGCGGACCCGCGCCGCCUCGCGCGCAGAGUCAUGCGGGUAGCGCUCGCCCUUGCGCUGCUGCACGCCAUGGUGGCGGAGCUUGCGCCACCGGGGGAAGCCACGGCCGCGGCGGAUGUCGGAGGCGGAGUAGGCGGUGGACGCGGAGGAGGUGGAGGAGCUGGUGAAGGGAGGAUAGCGACCGCCGCGGAGCGGAGCUUCCAUCGGCGGAGCUACGAUCCGCGGAGCUUCCAUCGGCGGAGUCCGCGCGAGACUAGUCCUAGGCGUCGCCGGUCAGCGUAUUCACUGUUUGCCUCCGCCGCGCAGAUCAUAACCGACGCGGACAUGGCGGUGCUGGCGAACCUCAAGGCGGAGUGGGGUGCGUUUCCGGGGAGUGCCACGUGGCAGAGUGGCAGAGCAUGCGCGCGGAUGGCGGGAGUGACGUGCGACGAGAAGGGCAACGUGCAGAAGCUCAUGUUGACUCGCAAGCAGCUCACCGGCUCGCUGCCCGCCUUCAUCGCCAACCUUUCCGCCCUCCAGCAACUCUGCUGUCAGUCCUCUCCCACUCCUCUCCCACUCCUCUCCCACUCCUUUCCCCAUUCCUCUCCCCACUCCUCUCCCACUCCUCUCCCCAUUCCUCUCCCCACUCCUCUCCCCACUCAUCUUCCCACUCAUCUCCCCACUCAUAUCCCCGCCCCUCUCCCCACCCCUCUCCCCAUUCCUCUUCCCGCUGAUCUUCCCUCUCCUCUUGUCACUCUUCUACUCAACAUCUCAAAUUUCUUGCCAAUUUCUCGCCUGUCUUAUCAGAAGCGAGCCAUACCUUUAGGCAACACCGGCAAGCCGAGGACGGGGCAGGAAGGAGAGGACGGUAGGUAUCAGGAAGGAGUUGUAUCCCUGCUCCCGUUUCUCCUCGCUCCAUAUCCCAUCCCGCUUGUCCCCUCCCGCUUGUCCCCUCCCACUUGUCCCCUCCCACUUGUCCCCUCCCACUUGUCCCCUCCCACUUGUCCCCUCCCACUUGUCCCCUCCCACUUGUCCCCUCCCACUUGUCCCCUCCCACUUGUCCCCUCCCACUUGUCCCCUCCCACUUGUCCCCUCCCGCUUGUCCCCUCCCACUUGUCCCCUCCCACUUGUCCCCUCCCACUUGUCCCCUCCCACUUGUCCCCUCCCACUUGUCCCCUCCCGCUUGUCCUUGCCUUACUGCGUCCCCCCGCCGCCUGCUCCGCCUUCUGCGGCCUCGUCUCCCCGGAUCAGAAGCCCUGCUCGGGCGCGGGAACGUGCCGGCUGGACAAGGCAGGGAAGCCCAUGUGUGUGUGCGAGGACGGGUACGUGACCCGUGCAUCGCCGGGGGCCUGCAUGCCGGAGUCGCGGAGUGUGUCGUUGGCGCUCUCGCUCGUGGACUCGCCCUCUGUGCGCUUCAAGGGCUCUGCGUCCUUGCUAGGGGACCAGGGCUAUGUGGUUCCUCGCGAGCCCGAGGUUACUGGGGUUGCUGGGGUGAGUGGGGCGGCAUCUGUAUCUGAAUCAGGCGUGGAACCAGUGACAUCUGAUGUGCCGCCUGAGGCUUUGCUGGUGAGCCCGGGAGAGCGUGGGGCGUGGGGGGCCGUCACGCUGCUGCCGCUCGUCACGCUCUUCACCUUGGCCACCCCGCAGGACCCCUGCGGCCGCCAGCUGGCGUUCAACUUCUCCUUCUCCUUUGUCAUGGCUCCUCAAUUUACACAGCUCAACUCCUCCUCCUCCUCUUCCCCAGGGGACGGGGCGGGAGGAGCAGGAGCAGCAGGGGACGGGCUAGCCUUUGUGAUAAGCGCCACGGAGCCGACAGGGGGGCCAGGCAUGGGGUACAAGGGCAUGGGCAAGAGGAGCGUGGCAGUGGAGCUAGACACGCGGAAGGACGCCAAGAGUGGUGACCCGGAUAGCAACCACGUGGGGGUCAAUGUGGGGGGAGAGAGCCAAUCAAUUGCAACAGCUACAAUCUACGGUUUCUCUUUGAACAACGGCGACUUUCGAUACGUUUGGAUCAUGUACGAACCGUUUAAUGGUGAGCCUGUUGGGGGCACCGGCAACAGCAGCAGCAGCAGCAGCAGCAACAGUGGAGGAGGAGCGGGGGGGAGGCUGCGGGUGUUUGUGGCAUCAAGGAAGCAGAAGCCGGUACAAGCGUUGCUGGACAUGCCUCUGUCGCUCUGCUCCGUGCUCAAGCCGUCCCCGUCACAGCCCUCGGUGUUCUUUUCCUUCUCCGCCUCUUCCUCGUCGUCCUCCCCCCCACAGGCGCAUCUUGUGCCGUGGUGGGAGCUACAGACAGGCCCAUCAGACCCCUGCUUCGGUGUGUCUCGCCUGUCUCCUACCAGCGUCUACUGCCGCACCAAAGUGUCUUCCUGCCCUGCCACAACCACAGGCUCUGGCACCGACGGGGGUGCUGCUGCUGGUGCCGGUGGUGAUGCUGGGGGUGGUGGUGGUGGUGGUGGUGGGGUGAUUGCAAAGCCGUUCAUCCCGCCCAAUGGAUGGGCAGAAGGAGACGGAGGAGGGGGAUUAGGAGGAGAUGGCGGAGGGGGGCAAGAGCAGGGAGGACAGGCAGGAGGGUGCGAAAUCGAUGCAUGUGGCAAGGGUGACAGGAACCCGUGUGGAGUGGGAAACUGUGUGAACGACGGCUACGGUGCAUACACCUGUGUGUGCCCACCUGACUUCUAUCUCGGCACUACAGAAUUCGGCGCCCCUUCCUGCGCCCCAGGUAUCAGUGAUGACUUUUUCACAGUGACGGUGAGCACGAUGCAGUGCUACCAUUUGUACCCCAUCUACUACCUCACGCUCGCCCAGUUCCUGCAGCAGAACCCAUUGCUGGCGUGUGACAAGCCUCUGCCCUUGGGUGCUGUGAUCAGCGUGAAGCCCAGCCUUGACUAUCAGCCCUGCUCCGUCUUCUACACCACAGUGCAGAACGACACGUGUGAGUCCAUUGCCGCCCUCUUCUCUCUCGCCUCCUCCUGCUCGGACCCCUCCCAGCCCUGCACCACCGACCUCCUCCGCCUCAACCCGGGCCUCGACUGCUCCAUCACCGCAGCAACAACCACCACAACAACACCAACAACACCAACAACAGAACCUUUAAGCAGCAGCAGCAGCAGCAGCAACCUUGACAGUCCCCUACCCACCGGGCUCUCCGUCUGUAUAGAGCGUGCCAACACACUGGAGCCUGUGUGCGGGGAGAGUGUGACAGUGCAGAGUGCGGGGAACGCGACGUGUGCAUUGUUGCUGGCGGGGAGGCAGCCGCCGCUGAGUGCACUGGAGCUCUACCGCAUGAACCCCGGCAUCUACUGCCACCGCCUGCUGCCGCCCUCCACUGACUCGGGAUUCCCGGGGUCCGAGGUUUGUACCGACGUCAGUAUUGGCAUGACAAUGGGCUCAUGUCCACGGGCCGAUGUGUACCUUGCCACAGAUAAUGACAGAUGCAGUGCCAUUCAGUUCAGGUGA